GGCCACUUCAGGCCGAUCUCCCGCGAAGAAUGGAGCCGGCAUCACCAACUAGGAGGCGCAGAUCCAGCCGCCAAGGCUCAAUCCGAUCGGAGGACUGGCCUGAGGAGGUCAGUGUUUUCGCUCUCCCCGAAUGGCGAGCGGAAGCACAUCAAUACUGAUCGACGAAAUACCGGUGUCAAAAUCUUGAGCGAUGGCCGGCUUGAUAUAAAGAUCGAUGAGCAUAUGCCGCAUCUUGCAGGCCUAUUGAAUCGCGUCCAAACAAAGACUACGCCACCAGACCUAGCGGAUCUGGAGGGCAAACCGACCCCCGAACCAAUACCAAAGGAUGAGGGCAGAGACUUCCCACUGAAACUGAACAUCGUCAUCCAAGUUAUCGGAUCUCGGGGCGAUAUCCAACCGUUCGUUGCGCUGGGAAAAGAGCUGAAGGCAUAUGGUCACCGCGUCCGACUAGCAACCCAUCUCGCUUUCCGAGAGUUCGUACUUGACGGCGGCUUGGAGUUCUUCAAUCUCGGUGGUGACCCCGAAGAACUGAUGGCAUUCAUGGUCAAAAACCCAUCCUUACUCCCCGCAUUCAGCACGAUUCGCAGCGGUGCCAUCCAAAAACGUCGGCGCGAGAUGAAGGAAAUCAUAUACGGGUGUUGGAAGUCAUGUAUCGAAACAGGGGACGGUACAGACCUACACCAAAUCAAGGAGGAUCUUUGGAGUGACACGGUGGACUAUCGUCGGAGGCCAUUUGUCGCUGAUGCAAUCAUCGCUAACCCGCCAAGCUUGGGCCACAUACAUUGCGCACAGAGGCUGGGGAUCCCGCUUCAUAUGAUGUUUACAAUGCCCUGGUCAGCUACGCAGUCGUUCCCGCAUCCUUUGGCCGUUCUCCACCAGCAGGAUUGCAAACCAACAGUCGCAAAUCUCGUUUCUUAUACCGUUGUGGAUAUGAUGAUUUGGGAGGGACUAGGGGAUCUUGUCAACUCGUGGCGGAAGAAAUGCCUCGCGCUCGAUCCGUUAGAUUCGAUCACGGCGCCGAAUUUGCCCGCGCGCCUCGGUGUUCCGUUCUCGUAUCUGUGGUCGCCGGCAUUGUUGCCAAAGCCUCGUGAUUGGGCUGACCACAUCGAUAUUUGCGGGUUUAGUGUGCUACCUGCAAAGUCGGACUACAAACCCCCGAAAGAGAUCGACGAUUUCCUCAAAGCAGGACCCACUCCGCUUUACGUUGGAUUCGGCUCUAUCGUGGUAGAAAAUCAAGUUAAACUGACCCAAAUCGUGUUCGAAGCAAUAAAGAACGCCGGCCAGCGUGCGAUCAUUUCAAAAGGCUGGGGAAACCUCGGGGUCGACGGUAUCGACGUGCCAGAUAAUAUCCUCAUCAUCGGCAACGUACCGCAUGACUGGUUGUUCCAGCACGUAUCAUGCGUGAUUCAUCAUGGUGGUGCGGGUACCACUGCCGCAGGGCUUGCUCUUGGUCGUCCGACUAUUAUCGUUCCCUUCUUUGGAGAUCAACAGUUCUGGGGAGGAAUCGUCGGAAUGGCCGGGGCCGGGCCGAUGCCUGUGCCUUACAAGCAACUCUCAGUUGAGAAGUUGACCGAUGCCAUCCAGACAGCGCUGAAGCCUUCGACGCAAGAUAAGGCACAAGAAAUUGCCAAUAAGAUGCGGAAAGAGUCCGGUGUGAAGGAUGGGGUACGAAGCUUUCAUCGACAUCUCAACUUGAAGACUUUACGGUGCGCAAUAUGUCCCAAUCGCCCUGCUGUGUGGCACAUUAAGCAUACUUCUAUUGGGCUUAGUGCCUUUGCUGCCGCUGUACUGGUUGAAAUGGGGGGCUAUAAAACCACAGAAUGUCGCUUUCUACAUAGGAACCGAGCAUCUGAAUACGACACAUAUCGAAAUCCUGCAGGCCCUAUAAGUGCAGGAGCCCAGGUGCUAGUGGGAGCCAUUGCAAACUUUGUGACCGGGAUCGGCGAAGUCCCUUACGAAGUCGUUUCGGAUUUUGUCACCACGGGUCGCGCAAUACGCCAUACUCGUCAGAGCAGUCAUCCCUCAUCAAGGUCACGUCCCUCAUCAAGGUCACGUCCCUCAUCAAGGUCACGUCCCUCAUCAAGGUCUUCAUGGAGGAGAUCCCGCAGAAGUCAAGAUCCAGUCGUGGACAGCGAUGAGGAGCAGUAUCAUGAGCCUGCAGAGUAUCAUGGGCCUUCCGAGUGUCGUGGACUUGGCCGAUCAAAUAACGAUGAUGAUGAGAUGAGCCUCGAUACAAACGACAACGAGAACGAUAAUGUCAGACACAACAAGAUGAACGAUAAUUUACCAGCUAGCGCUUGUGGCCAGAGACAAGGCAAGCCGGUGGACCAGUCAGAACUGUUAAGCUAUAUAGAGUCACCCAAAGGCCACGGUGUUAUCUACGAAAUACGCACGCACGGCAGUCGAAUGUCGAAGAAGUUCUUGAAAAACAUACUCUGGCUCCCGACAGACUUGGCUCUCAGCCUGUCUAAAGGGUUUCACAAUGCGCCGAUGUUGUACCACGACCGAAUGGUGAAAGACACGCCGAAGGUUAUCGGUUUCCGCAGUGGACUCGAGGCAGCUGGAACGGAACUUCGCGACGGAUUUUACUACGGUAUCACGGGCUUGGUCACGCAGCCCCGGUAUGGUGCCAAGCACCAAGGAGCGAAAGGAAUGGUCAAGGGAAUUGGGAAAGGGAUUGGCGGUGUGUUCCUCAAGCCACCAGCAGGUCUCUGGGGACUCAUUGGAUAUCCUUUGGUUGGACUCCGCAGAAAGCUUCAAAAAUCGUUAGGAAGGACUCAGGAGCUGUCCAUUAUGGCGUCGCGAAUAGCACAAGGUAUCGAAGAGAUGCGGGCAUCUACCGCCGAUGAACGAGCAGAAGUUGCUAGAAAAUGGCGUCUGCUUGAAGAGGACCUGCGAGUCUCUUACUGA